AUGGCGCAGUACAAGAAGGACGAGGACGAUGCCGGCAUUGUCAAGGUCGACAGGACUUCUGUCUUCCAGGAGGGUAAGGAGCGCAACCUCACUCCGCCCUUACUGUGGCAUUUGCGCUGACCACGAUAUCUCUCCAUAGCCCGAGUGUUCAAUAGCUCGCCCGUAUCGCCGCGGAAAUGUCGAAUUCUCCUGACCAAGAUCGCCCUCCUCCUCUUCACCGGCGAGAAGUUCCCGACCAACGAGGCAACCACCCUCUUCUUUGGCAUCUCCAAGUUAUUCCAGAACAAGGAUGCCUCCCUACGACAAAUGGUAUACCUGGUGAUCAAGGAGCUGGCACACACGGCGGAAGAUGUCAUCAUGGUCACGAGCAGUAUCAUGAAGGACACGGCAGUUGGAAGUGAUGUUGUCUACCGAGCCAAUGCCAUCCGCGCAUUGUGCCGCAUAAUAGACGCCUCGACUGUGCAAGCCAUUGAGAGAAAUAUCAAGACUGCCAUUGUGGACAAGACGCCGUCUGUGUCUUCUGCAGCUUUGGUAUCAUCAUAUCACCUCUUACCAAUUUCCCGGGAUAUUGUCAGGAGAUGGCAGAGCGAGACUCAGGAAGCUGCCUCGUCAGCAAAGUCCUCCGGCGGUUUCAUGGGCUUUGGAGGCUCAUCAGCCCAUCAGAUGGCUGCUGCAAAUACGAAUUACAUGACACAGUACCACGCAAUCGGACUGUUGUAUCAAAUGCGCUCCCAUGACCGCAUGGCUCUGGUCAAGAUGGUACAGCAGUACAGCGCUGCUGGUGUUGUGAAGUCUCCCGCUGCAAGAGUCAUGCUGGUCCGACUAGCUGCAAAACUCGCAGAGGACGAUCCAAGUCUGCGCAGACCAAUGAUAAAGCUCCUCGACGAAUGGCUGCGCGACAAGAGCGAGAUGGUCAACUUCGAGGCUGCCAAAGCUAUCUGCGAAAUGCAAGAUCUUACAGAUGCGGAAGUCGGACAAGCCAUUCACGUCCUGCAACUUUUCCUGACCUCUCCACGCGCGGUCACCAAGUUUGCGGCCAUUCGCAUUCUGCACCAAUUUGCUUCCUUCAAGCCCGAUGCAGUGCGGCAAUGCAACCCCGACAUCGAAUCUCUGAUCUCCAACUCGAACCGAUCGGUCGCGACAUUCGCUAUCACGACCCUCCUCAAGACUGGUAACGAAGCCUCGGUCGACCGACUCAUGAGCCAGAUCAGCACGUUCAUGUCGGAGAUUACGGAUGAGUUCAAGGUCACCAUCGUGGAAGCUAUUCGGACAUUGUGCCUGAAGUUCCCUUCGAAGCAGGCCCGUAUGCUUGCAUUCUUGUCUGGCAUCUUACGCGACGAGGGCGGCUACGAGUUCAAGCGGAGUGUUACUGAGAGCAUGUUCGACCUCAUCAAGUUCGUUCCUGAAAGCAAGGAAGAGGCCCUAGCCCACCUUUGCGAGUUUAUCGAGGACUGCGAGUUCACCAAGCUUGCGGUUCGCAUCUUACACUUACUUGGGAUGGAGGGACCCAAGACAGCACAACCAACGAAGUACAUUCGAUACAUCUACAACCGCGUAGUGUUGGAGAAUGCUAUCGUUAGAGCAGCAGCAGUCACAGCACUUGCCAAGUUUGGUGUUGGCCAGAAGGAUCCAGAGAUGAAGCGCAGUGUCAACGUCCUGCUGACACGAUGCUUGGACGACACAGAUGAUGAGGUCCGAGAUCGUGCGGCUUUGAACUUGAGGCUGAUGAAGGAGGAAGAUGAUGAGGUUGCAGGUCGCUUCAUUCGCAAUGGUAAAUAUCUCACCCUUAAUGAUGCUGUGAUGAUACUGACACUUUGCAGACUCUAUGUUCUCGCUCCCAGCUCUAGAAGAUCAAUUAGCGCACUACGUCAAUGGCUCCAACGCGGAGGCCUUCGCGAACCCCUUCGACUUUACGAAUGUCCCGAUUGUCACCCGUGAACAGUCUUUGGCAGAGGAUCGCACUAAGAAGCUCACAACUGCUACGCCAACACUCAAGGCUCCCAGCGUUGGGCCCAAGAAGACAGACACUUCAAGCGCGGCCGCAGCAGCAGAGAGCGCUACGUUCGCCACCCAGAAAUACGCCCAACAAUUGGCAGCGAUCCCCGAAUUCUCAUCUUACGGUCCAGUGCUCAAGAGCAGCCCCGUCGUGGAGCUCACAGAGAGCGAGACGGAAUAUGUCGUCAGCGCCGUCAAACAUCUAUUCAAGGAACACGUCGUACUCCAGUACGAUAUCAAGAACACUCUUGCCGACUAUGUCCUUUCCGACGUCACAGUCGUCUCGAAUCCAUCGCCCGGCGAGGAAGGGGAAGAGUCACCGCUUGAGGAUGACGGCUUCAUUAUUACGGCGCCUCUGCUCAAGACCGACGAGCCAGGCACGGUCUACACCUCGUUCUCUAGGCCCGCAGAUGCUCAGUUUGUGCCCGCGUCAUUUACAAACGUCCUCAGAUUUACACUCAAGGAAAUUGAUCCUUCGACACAAGAGCCUGAAGAGGGUGGCUACGAAGACGAGUACCAAGUAGGGGAUCUCGACCUCACUGGUGCCGACUACGUGUUACCCGCCUUCGCAGGUAGCUUCGAAAAUAUCUGGUCUGGCAUUCCCGACGCAGACGAGGCAUCAGAAACGUUGCAACUGUCGAACGCGAAGAACAUUGCCGACGCAGUGGAGCUUCUGGUGAAGGCGCUUGGUAUGCAGCCUCUGGAAGCAACCGAUGUUGCCCUGUCGACAAGCACACAUACCCUCAAGCUCUACGGCAAGUCAGUCACAGGCGGCAAGGUCGCCAGCACUGUACGGAUGGCGUACUCUGCAAAGUCUGGCGUAACUGUCAAGAUUACCGCCCGCAGCGAGGAAGAGGGGCUGGCUGCUCUUAUCGUCAACGGUGUCGCGUAA